AUGUCUAGAGAAGCUGCCAGUGCUAAUUCAAAUGAACAGCUUACAAAUGAUGAGAGGCUUGCAAGGGUGUUCCAAGCCUUAGAAGAUCUCACUGGGCUAAUGGGACGGCAAGUCCAAAUGAACCAGGCUCCCAAUCCAGUUAGGGAGUUGACAAUAGCUGAACAGAAGAUAAAGUGUCUUGCGGAGUUUCGGAGGCUCAAACCUCCAAAUUUUAGAGGAAAUAAGGGUCAGGUUGUAUGUGAAGCUGAGAAAUGGCUUAAAGAAAUCAAAAAGCUUUUUGAGGUGACAUCCAUGCCUGAAGAAUUCAAAGAAGCCAUUGCCUCAUCACUCUUAUUUGAUGAGGCCGAUCACUGGUGGGACACCGUAAAGAUUAGACAUGAUUUUGAAAGCAUGACUUGGACAACCUUUGAAGAACUCUUUUAUGCCCAAUAUUUUCGAGAUGUGGUUCGUGAAGCCAAGCUACAGGAAUUUCUUCAUCUCACUCAACGUAAUAUGACGGUUGCUGAAUAUGAUGCUAAGUUUAUGGAAUUAAGUCGGUUUAGGAAGUGCUUGAUAGCUAUGGAGGAGAUGAAAGCCUCAAAGUUUGAGAGGGGACUCCGACCCACCAUCCGAGAAAAAUUAGUGGCUCUACGCAUCCGGCAGUAUUCUGACAUGGUAGACAGUGCCAUGAGUGUGGACCGUGAAAGAGAGGAUUUUCAGAAAAUUCAAGAAAGGUCUCGGGGUUCGCAUAAAAAUCAGCAUCGUUGUCCUUCCAACAACAAAAGACAAAAAGGUGGACAAGAUUCAAGUGGGGGCAGUUUUGAAGGCAACUUCAAUAAAGCUCUUGAUGAAUAUUUUUAUUGUGGAAAAAAUGGGCAUUUCAAACGGAACUAUCCAUCUCUACUUUCAGCCCCAAGAAAUGAUCAAGCUCAGUCUUAA